UCUUAAACAUCAACCAUAGCAUAGAUGUAUUACAACUCCAGCGAGAUAAAAUAACAGAACAUUGUUCUAUUUAUAUUUAUGUCUCUGUUAUAAAGCCAUAUCCACAAUCAAACUCAAAAAGCCCCAUACACAGAACAGUCUAUUUCCUGCCAAAAAACAAAAGUGUGAGAUGAACACAAACCCGAGAUCUUCCAUUACGCGCCCGGCGCCUCGAUCGCCUUCUCUGACAUUUCGGAUAUCAAAACCCAGCGGAAGAACAAUUGUUUCCAAAUUGAAUCCACACACUCUUCCUUUCCUCAUUUUCAGCAAGGCAUAUACAUUAUCCUGGCGAGUCAGGAGUCCCAUCUGACCCGGCGUAUGAAGGCGAGCGCUCCUGUUGGAAGAUGGGUCUAGGACACACACACACACACACACACACACACACAAAAGAAAAAGACUAAAAAAUGCCCAAGUUUUUCGCUCGGACGCGUCCUUUGUGCGCAAUGAAAAGACACUAUUCACUCUUGCAAAUAAUGGAGUUCUUUAAACCGUCCCACUGACAUCUGUUUCCAGUCUGUUUGCACUGGUUGUCUUGUAUUUUUUCGCCGGCUCCAAGUGUGACAAAAGCUAUCGUGUUAAUUGCUGUGCAGGUUCAUUUAUUUGUGGUUAGGAGGGCUGCACUAGCAGAUCAGUUUUCUUUGCAUGAAAUAAAUCAACUUAAUUUGGGGCAAUUGGAUGAAAAAUCAAUGUAACGAAUACAAUUUGUCAGUGUAGGGUGUUUAAAGUGUAAAUGUAUCUAUUUUGGUGCGUUAGUGGCUCACUCCCCCUCUUGUUGGGGGUAUCCCUGUGUCUGAGCGUAUCAGCCCUGGCGAAGCCCAUUUCUGACUCUCACAUUCUGCCGAAUUAUGCACCUAAUUUGCUCACAUAUCAUUUACUCCAAGUUCCUCCCGCCGUGACAGUCGGGCCUAAACACUACUAAAUCAGCCCUAAUUUAUACUGAUCUCGCUAAUAAUCGUAAUAAAAAGCUUAUAGAUUUGGCACUAAUUACAUAAAAGCCUAAUGAUGUUGAAAAUUACCCCGGUUUGAGAUAUAUGGCUAAUCUAAACUUUGUUGUUGGCUGCCCCGGGAUACCAGAAACAUUAGAAGAGGUUCACUUCGUCUCUAAAAGGCGAGAGUUGGACAUGCCGCGACACAAAGGCCGAAACUUUCCACGAGGAAACGUGAAAUGAUCACUAACGAUUAAAUGACAAAAGUGGAAAAUCACGAAGCUGCUAGUCGAUUAUAAUUAAAACACGUCACGAUCGGGUCAUUUAGAAGGCUGCUAGUUUGUGUUGUGCAAUUUUUGGAUAUAGUAGAAGGUGGUACAAAAAUCAACCAAUUUAGUUUGUGUAAUCAAAUAAUAAAGGGAGGAUGCAUGCAUAAUUUAAUCCCACUCAGCGAAUGAGAAUCCAGCAAUAAACUUUGGGUAGCCAUUAUUAAACCAUAUGGCUCUGAUAAGGAUGACAAGUUAUAUAACAAUAGUUUAAUUCACUGUUUCAGAGUGAAUCAAAGGCCCCACAAUGAUUCUUGGAUCACGCUCAAUUAAACACAUUCUGAGGGAGUUUCUGAUAGAGCUUUUCAACUGAUAUUAAAUCAGGUCAUUUUAAAGGUUAUCAUUUGGGAGCCGGGAUCAUAAACGAGGAGAAAUGAACUUGGUAGGGCAACAAGCUGGCAACAUUGAGUGGCUGGAAUCUGAGGCUUCGCGCAUCUGACACCUCCAGGCUUCAACGCUGAUUGGCUCUUAUUUGAAGGAGCUUAUGGGUUCAUUCAACUAUUAAGCGCCUCCCCGUUCCUCUAAAGGACAUUAUAAUGCAAGGAACCUCCUUUUUAACCACAAACCGAAUUUGCUUUCAUUUAGGCCAUAUAUAUUUUUUAAAUAGUUUAAAGUCAUAGAGAUUUUUUUGGAAAAGCAUUUCGCCCUGGAGCGGUGCGCGAUGCUUUCGCACGCCGACCUGCUGGAUGCUCGCCUCGGUGAGUUAUCAACGCCAAACUCCGGUCUGCAACUCUACUGGAUGAAGGAUGCCGCGGCGGAGCUUCUAGGUCACAGGGAAGCAUUGAAGUGUAGGCUGGGUGGCGGUGGAGCUGACCCGGGCCACCCCGGAGAACUCGCCCCGGGCUCCGAUGCCGUAGAAGGGGCCACCCUUCUCCCCGGAGACGAUAUCAGCAAUGCUGGAUCCAAUCCGCAGGGUGUAGCGGUGAACAGCAAGGAACAGGAGAAGCAACAGCAGCAACAACAGAACCCCACCCAGUCUGGAGGACAGCAGAGUCAGAAACAGAAACGCCACCGGACUCGGUUCACCCCAGCCCAGCUUAACGAGCUGGAACGCAGCUUCGCCAAAACCCACUAUCCGGACAUCUUCAUGCGCGAGGAGCUCGCGCUCCGGAUCGGCCUGACGGAAUCACGCGUGCAGGUUUGGUUUCAGAACCGACGCGCAAAAUGGAAGAAGCGCAAGAAGACCACCAACGUGUUCCGUACUCCGGGCACUUUGCUGCCUACUCACCAUGGCCUACCGCAGUUCCCCUCCGCUGCGGCGGCCGCAGCAGCUAUGGGCGACAGUUUGUGCUCUUUUCACGCUAAUGACACCCGCUGGGCGGCAGCUGGGAUGCCAGGAGUCUCUCAGCUACAGCUACCGCCCGCCCUAGGCCGACAACAAGCCAUGGCACAGUCUCUAUCCCAGUGCAGCCUUGGCGCCGGACCGCCUCCCAACUCCAUGAGCCUGUCCAACAUGUCCAAUGGUUCCGGGCUCCAGUCCCACCUCUACCAACCCACCUUCCCCGGUAUGGUGCCCGCGUCGCUCUCCGGUCCCACUAACGUGACCGGCUCGCCUCAGCUCUGUAGCUCCCCGGACACUGACGUCUGGAGAGGGACGAGCAUCGCGUCCCUGCGCCGCAAAGCGCUUGAGCAUACAGUGUCCAUGAGUUUCACCUAAUACUUUGAUGUGCUAUUCUUCUCUUGUUCCUCGUCCACUCAUAAUUUUUGACCCAGUGACGCACCAGGAAGUCUAAGGAUACAACUGAAUGAACUGUGCGCACCUAAUGGAAAUAAAACCUAAAGCAUCAUAGUCUGAAAAAAAUGUCUCCCCUUCAAUCUAGCAAACGUGAAUGUAUUUAUUUAUUAAUAUUUCCUAUUUAUUUUAAUUUAAUAGCACUUUCUUUUUGAAAAUUUAACCGUACGCAAAUGUCAACAUCUGGGACAGAAAAUAAACUGCACAUUUGUGACGUAUUCGUUUAUAUACGUGUCAAGACAUUUGCGUUUGAUCUCAGAGAAGCUAGACGGUUCCACGCGCACCGGAUGAUACCGGAUGAUACCGGAUUCUGGGAGUAAAGUUUUAUGUCUCAUUUUUAGUGUUAUUAUUAUAAUUAUGGAAGAAACCGUUCAUGUUUUAAGACUGUUUUAUGAAAGAAGGUGGAAGAAUGGAAGGAAAAUAUCUCAAAAUGUAUUAAGAAACUUGACUGCAUGUGCCGACAAAAGUAAACAACAACGGGGAAAUAUCAUUUAAAAGUAAAGUAUGACUUUGUUAUAUGCUGUUACAUAGGAUUUUUGGUGUAGAUAAAGCAUUCUUAACUUGUUCCCAUUCAGUCAGUUUGUGAUAUGUUCUAAGUUACUGUAUGUGCUUAUACCAAUAUAAAUUUCUUAAAUGUUUGAUCUUCUUAACGGCUGUUUUGUUUCCUGAACAUGUUUAUAACGACUGAAUGUAAAUUAACGAAUAAAAUCAUUUUCAA